UUCCUUUAUUUGUCACGAAAAAGCCACACAUCACCAUGUCAAUUUCAUCAAUUAAUGCCAGUGACGUGUCAAAGAUAACUUCCGGACAAGUUAUUAUUGAUCUUGCGUCGGUGGUGAAGGAAUUGAUCGACAAUGCUAUUGAUGCUGGGUGCAAUAAAGUUGAGGUCACUUUCAACAACCAUGGGGCUACUUCUGUUGAAGUCUCCGAUAACGGCCGUGGGAUUGACGUAUCAGAUUUUGAGACGCUUUGCUUGAAACAUCAUACUUCAAAGCUAACACAUUUCGAAGAUUUGACGUCUGUGACUACGCUUGGUUUCCGAGGGGAGGCAAUGAGCUCAUUAUGUUCUGUGUCGAAGGUCAAAGUGGUCACUUCGUCUGCUACGACAUUUCCUCGGGGGACUCAAUUGGAGUACAACUCUAUGGGUGAGAUUCAGACUAAAAAAUCGCUCGUUACUGGGAAAAAAGGCACCACUGUCAACAUUUCUGAUCUUUUCCACGGAUGGCCUGUAAGACAGAAGAACUUUGUAAAACAUGCUAAAAGAGAAUAUUCCAAGACGUUAAAUUUACUCCAGGCAUAUUUGCUAGCGUACACAAACAUUCGAUUCACCAUUUUUAAUAUCAGUGGCUCCACAGGAAAGAAAACCAUGGUCAUGGGAACACAGGGUGGGCAGUCUUCGAUCUCGGACGUGCUAACAACUAUUUAUGGAAGCAAUGGAGCACAUGGACUCAUACCCUUGGCAAUUUCUGCUGAGAAUAUUGACGCUCGCUUCAAGCUCAACAUGUCGUGUGUUCCCAUGGCCCUCAGCAUAAAGCUUACCGGCGUGAUCUCUGACUGUUCUUUCGGAAUGGGCAGAGCUGCCACUGAUCGACAAUACUUUAGCAUUAACAAGAGACCAGUAACUCAUAAGAAGUUGGGAAAGAUCGUGAAUGAGGUCUACAAAUCUUUCAAUACAACCCAGUCACCAGUGUACGUCAUAGAUCUUCAGCUAGCCAGCUCAUUGUUGGACGUGAACGUUACUCCCGACAAGAGGCUGGUCAUGAUGCAAUGUGAAGACUUGAUCAGCGAGGUCAUUAGGGAAGAGUUAGUGUCGCUCUUUCGGGGAAGAAACAAUUUCGUUCCUAAAAGUGAGAUGGGCGUGGUGAAUAUUGGCUCGCAGCAUAGUUCCACGCAACAAAAAAGCUUGGACCUGUUUAGUUCUUCUCACAGCUCAUGCGGCCAAUCACAUGUAGCCUCAGUCAAUUUUGAGGAUGCAGAAGAAAAGCAACUCAGUCAGAAUGAUGAUGAACAAACAGUGGAGCGCAAUGAAUCUAUCAGAUCCUCACCAUCAAACUCGGAAGUCGAGAUAACACAUAUUUCGUUUGACAAAACUGAGGCCCGUCAAGCUGAAGAUGGAUGUCCCGUUGACGAAGAUAUUGCUCAAAGAAACGAAGGACAGAAAGUACUCGAUCCCAACAGUCACGCGAUUGUAUCUACAUUAUUGCUGGAAACUCUCUCGGACGUCGAGGAUGAUGAGGGAGAAAAUUCAGAAGAAUGUGAUUCGCAACCAAUUUGUGCACCUAAUCAAAUAGACAAUGAGCCUGAUGUGCUAUUCGUAUUAGAGGAAGAAGAAACCCUCCAAAAUUUAGAACAAAGUACACAAAUGGCCUCAAGCGACUCCAAGAAUCUGAAACGUGAUGCAGGAGUCGGAGUCGAGGCAGAUCAUACAACUCUCCAGGUGCAUCUGAAUACUAAAGAUAGUGUUCAAUCGGGAGAUGACAGUGCAAAUUCGAAGAAGUCCUCUCGUGACACUAGGACGUCUAAUCCAGAGAAUACAAUAGGUGACAUGGAGUGGUCGACAGCACACAAUUCAGAGAUAAACAACUCAGCUUCUGGAAGGAAGAGGCGCCAUUCGGACCAGCUUCAAGGAGUACAAAGUCUUUUGUCAGUGACAAUUGAAGAAGCGAAGACGUAUGUUGCAUGUGAAGCGGAGAUUCAAAGGGGUAAAAACGGCAUUGCACGCGUCCAAGAUAUCAACGAAGCCAUGGAAAUUUGCAGAAACGACUUCACGAGAAUGGAAAUUGUUGGACAGUUCAAUUCGGGCUUUAUUAUCGUCAGUCACGGGGGCAAAAUAUUCAUUGUGGACCAACAUGCGCUGGAUGAAAUUUACAAUUACGAGAGAUUGAUGAAUAAUUUGACGCUUCAACCACAGCCAUUAGUGGUGCCUCAGGUCCUCGAAUUGUCUCCGAUCGAUGAGAUGGAAAUACUUGAGUUUGCGGAGCAUCUUGGAAGAAACGGGUUUUCCAUAGAGGAAAUAGAAGAUGCAGCUCCCGGCCGAAGGGUGAGAUUGAAGGGGAUCCCGGUGCUGAAAAAUGUGGUCUUUGAUGUGAGCGAUUUGCACGAGCUUGUUCAUAAGUUACACGAGCAGGGAGCUGGGAGCGAAUCCCGAAAGGCGGCGAAAUUCGAUAGUCUGACCACACCGCGCAGAUCUACGUUCUUCUCUUGCCGCUGCACUAAAGUGGACAGAAUGAUAGCCCUGCGAGCAUGUCGGCUGAGUAUAAUGAUCGGGCUGGCAUUAUCAACGCAAACGAUGAUGCGAGUUGUGAAAAACUUGGCCACAUUGGACAGGCCCUGGAACUGCCCUCACGGAAGGCCCACCAUGCGCCAUCUAGCGGAUAUAGAAGGAACCGGCUUCUCGGCCGACUACGAAGUUUGA